AUGUCCGAGACCCCCAGGUCUGAGAAGUCCUUGACGAGAUUCAGCACCCCAGUCCCUGAGCUUGACGAUCAUCGUUUCCAGAUGGAUUCCGAGCCUCAGGUGGACGCUACCCCAGGGGGGCUGCCGGACCACCAGCAGCAGCAGCAGAACGUGGCCCGCCUCGGCCGUGCGUCGGAAACCGUUGAGCGUCCUGACCUGCUGCAAGUCCGAGACGCCCUCCGGGAGAGUGGCACCAUGUCCCGGGACUUUGAACAGGCUAUCGUGGACGAUGACCGGUCCGGCCGCGAUAUCGACUGUUUCGCGAGACGCCUGUCCAUGGACCCGUCCUGCCGUCACCGCAGAAGAAGCCGAAACCAGCAGGACAUGGCGCCUCGUUCGCGGGAGUCGUCUGUUUCGAACAGAUCUCCGUCUCCGCCCAAUUCAGUCGAUGCUUUUGCCGAUCCGCGUCGCCGUGAGCGUGCCAACACCAUGGACAGCCACGCCGCUCCUGAUAUGGAGACUAUCCUUCAGCGUACCGUGUCGGGUGGCAGCCGUGCGCAGCGUCCGACGUUCAGCAAUGCCAGCGCCACCCGACCGGAACAGGGGGACGUCAGGUUGGAAGUCCCAGAGAGCGCCUGUGGUUGCUCCUAUGCAGAGCCAAGCAGAAUCCCCGUCAUUGACUACGAGGAAUUGGAAGAGUUUGUGGCCUUGAACCGGAAGACCAAACCCCGCCGUAACGCCCGCAAGCACAGCAUGAGCUCCCAGAGCCGGAACCAGAAGAAUGAGAAUGAGCCGACCCGGUUUAGUUUCUUCUCUUCCGAGUGCCAGAGCACCAUCCAUGCGGCCGAGCUGGGCGACUUGGUUCUCCCUGGCGACACCUUCCGGGAUCUCUUCCAACUGGGUCCGGAUGGCGGUGUCUGGUGGCUUGACGUCCUCAAUCCCACAGAAGCCGAAAUCGGGGCGCUUUCUCGCGCCUUCUCCAUCCACCCUCUGACGGCAGAGGACAUUAUGACCCAAGAGGCUCGCGAGAAGGUCGAGCUCUUCAAGCAGUACUACUUUGUUUGCUUCCGAACCUUCUAUCAGAUGGACCGAACGAGCGAGCGCUUCUUGGAGCCGGUCAACCUCUACAUGGUGGUCUACCGCGACGGUGUGCUGUCGUUCUCCUUCACCGAGAAUCCGCACGCGGCCAAUGUCCGGAAGCGAAUUGGGAAACUGCGCGACUAUGUCUCCCUCAGCAGCGACUGGAUCUGUUAUGCAAUGAUUGAUGACAUUGUCGACAGUUUUGGCCCGAUCAUCCGGGAGGUAGAGGUGGAAUCCGAAGCCAUCGAGGACCACGUCUUCAUUGCCCGCGUGGAUGACUUUGAAUCGUUCCUGCCUCGGAUUGGAGAAUUGCGCAAGAAGGUCAUGAGCCUGAUGCGCCUCUUGGGCGGCAAGGCGGAUGUCAUCAAGGGCUUCUCCAAGCGCUGCAAUGAGCAAUAUUCCGUCACGCCGCGCGGCGACAUUGGUCUGUAUCUUGGUGACAUUCAGGAUCACGUCGUCACCAUGAUGUCCAAUCUGGGCCACUUUGAAAAGAUGCUGAGCCGAUCCCACAGCAACUAUCUAGCCCAGCUGAAUGUGAACAAUCUGGUUCUGGGCAACCACGUCAACAAGAUCCUGAGCAAGGUGACGCUCAUUGCCAGUCUUCUGGUGCCGAUGAACCUCAUUUGCGGUCUCUGGGGCAUGAACGUCCCCGUCCCGGGCAGGGACAGCGAAGGCCUCGAUGCUAAUGUCUAUAAAUUGAUCCUUUUUUUUAGCGUGUAUCUCGUUAUUCUUAGCGCUUCGCGUUUCGCUGCCACGUUCGCCGCGACUCUCUUCCUUGUCGCACUUUAUUACUUCGUCCUCUCGAACUUGGGUGGGUUCGCGUAUGCCCUCGAUGUCGACCCGGUGAUCCGACAAGAUCAUGAGUAUCCGUUGUUGAUAGAAGGAGGGUCGACCCAUGAGGCGGACGGUGCGCAGUCGAGCGUGGUCCGGAGGGUGCCCGCCGGCAUGAUCGCGCUGGGCAACAAUCAGUUUAAGCUGAGCAAUAUCAAGAUAGGCGAAACGCAGUGGUGGGUUUUCCCCAAAGAGGCAGUGUUGGGCCCAAAGGCACCCCCGACGCCGGGACUCCCUGCGUACAUUCCUGCAAAUACUUCUAGUGAUGGAGUCACAACGCAAGAUUCGAAGAAACGGCGGGGGGAGGAAGAUCUGAAUGGGGAUGAGGAUGACGAUGAGAAUGAGGAUGAGAACGGCCUCUCAAAACGGUCAACCACCGUCUACGUCUCGUUGAACACCUGCUUGAAACCGGAUCUCAACACCACCGACCCUAAGGCCGCUCAAAACGAACCUCUCCCGCCGCUACAGGUCUAUAUUUCCACGUCGGAGAAGCUUCAGCAACCCGGCCCUGGGAUCGACAGCCCUGAUCAGAGAAUGUACACUGCCGAUGCAGGGUACAUGGGGGCCACCGUGGCCGCUGAUGGGGAUGUCUACAUCGCAGUCGCGGCUCCCAAUACCACCGCUUACAAGGGGAUCUACAACUACCAGCUUGCGGCAUCAAUUGACGCUUACUUUCACUCCGUCGACGAUACGGAUCCGUUUUUGUUUUUCAUCGAUUCCGAUAUCAACUCGGCGCUCCUCGUCACCAACAACGUUACGCAGUCCUCACCAAACUCAACCAACUACCAGCAAUGGAUGCAUAUCACGCCGCCCUUCACCAUCUUUGCGCAUAACGUCAACGAUUCGGCCAUCAGUGGAUUGGAGAGGUCGUACUGUGCUCUGAGCCAACUGGCCCAACUCCGGAAGGGUAACAACGCCAUCUCGGUGGGGAUGACGAGCCGAGGGCUGGGGAAUAAGCCCAAGGAGCAAUUCUAUAUUACGGGUCUGAACAGGAGCUCGACCUACUAUGGAAUUCUGGGCAUGGAGGGAAACUCAACAGACUCCGGUAACGGCGUUGUCGGUGGCGGAGGGAAGGUCUGGCGGCCGAUGAAUUUUACGACGAAAUCUGGUGCGUACCUUUUUUUUUUCCUUCCCUAUGUCUCUCGUCUGGAGAUAUUCCCUAACAGUUUGGAUUAUACAGAUGAAAAUUGCGCACUUCUCUACAACCUCUCAUUCUGUUCCGAGGUCGCCUAUGCCGUUCCAUCGAACCCGUCUCUUGACCUGGCCAAGCUCAGUGAAAUCUACGACUCGAAUGCCGCCGCCCUGUACAAGAACUUCAGCUACUCCCUCUCUCUGAUCCCGUGCAACACCUCCUCGACAUCCAUGUACUCCCUCGCGGUGGACUGCGACGACUGCGCCUCGGCAUACAAGCAGUGGCUCUGCGCCGUGACCAUCCCGCGCUGCUACGACUUCUCCAGCGAUUUUUCCUACCUCAUGCCUCGAAACGCAGGGCAGGCCUUCCUCAAUGGCUCGAGCCUCCCUGACGACGACCCCCUGCGCAAGUCACCAAUAACCAAUGCGUCCCGCAACCCGCUCAUCGACAGCGAGAUCAAACCGGGCCCGUACAAGGAGAUCCUACCCUGUCAGGAUCUCUGCUACGACCUCGUCCGCACCUGCCCGAGCGCACUGGGCUUCAGCUGUCCGACGGGCAAAUGGCUGAACAUGUCGUACGGCUGGCGCGAUCCCAACGGCGACAUCACAUGCAGCUAUCUCGGUGCGGCAUACUACCUGAAUAAGGGCUCAAAACUGGGACGGAAUCACCUCCCAGUCAGUUUGCUGUUGACUCUUUUCAGUUUCUGGUCGGUUUGGGAGUUAUUCCUGUAG